UUUGCUUAGCUUCUAAACUUCAAAUUCCACAUGUUUUCCGAGAUUGCCAUCAUUGAAUAGCCUGCUAGCAAAAUGAAUAGGGACACACACUGAUGAUCUCAGUGCACAUUAAUUCUCUUCUAUACUUUUGUCUCCAUUAAUUCCCCACUCAAUCUUUCUCUCUUCCUAGCUAAAACGACCAUGCUUGCAAAUUAAACGUACGUGGUACAAAGUAUAACUAGCCUUGAGAAAGAACUAAAUUAAACCUAGCCAUUCAACAGCAAGUUGCUUUUUUUUUUUGGAAUAUAUUUGAAUCAUAUUUGGCCAUGGAUUCUACGAAUCUUUAUAAUCAUCAUCAACUCCAACAGCAACAACAGCUUGCUGGGUAUCCCUUUUGCACUGGAGUUUCAACUGUACAAGAUUGGAACUCAGGAAUCACCUCAGAAGAAGAAUAUUACUACAAGCUGGGACACAUGAAAAUGAUCCAGAAUAACAUCUCAUCAGAAGAGCUGUGGAAAAGAAGCAUUGACACAUAUCCAUUAAUGAACACCUCAAUGUUCCACGAUGACCAUCAUGAAUCAUCCAACGAUCAGCUGGAUGACAAAAAUAACAAGGGCUACAUAAUAUCCAGCGAUUAUUUCUACAAGAUGAAAGAUAUGAGUAACAACUUGUUCAAAGAAAGUUACUUUGAAAACGAACAACAACAUGCUUUUGAUCUGAAUGAGAAUCUUCUAUCCGAAGAUUCGUACAUGAACAAUGCUAAUAAAACUAGCAUUGCUUUUUCCGGUUUAACUUGUAAUUCGAGUUAUAUCUCAAGUCAUGAGAUGGAACAUUCAGAUUUCCAGGGGUUGAAGUUAGCAUUUAAUGGCCUAACUUUCAAGAACAAUAUUAGUGGCCAUUUCGCUACAGAAAGGAUGUCUUCGGGAUUUGCUCAUGGACUAAUGCAAGAAUUAACCCAUAGUUCAUCAUCAAAUAGAUCCAACAAAAUAAAAUCAAAUGUUAGGAAUGACAUUGGAGUUUCUUCAAAAGCAAAGAGAUUUAAUUAUUCUGCUGAAGAAGCAGCUAUUCCAUGUCAAGAAGCAUCAAAGAAGCCUCGAGUCACAUCGCAAUCUUCAAGCACAUUAAUGCUUAAGCAGGUUCGAAAGGAAAAACUAGGAGACAGGAUUUCAGCUCUACACAGAUUAGUGGCACCUUUCGGCAAGACUGAUACUGCGUCAGUAUUAAAAGAAGCCAUUGGCUAUAUUCAGUUCCUUCAGGACCAAAUCCUGACAUUAAGCAUGCCAUAUACGAAAUCAGCUCAAGGGAAGCUCCAACACAUACACUUAAAGGAUUCGAGGAUAGACAUGAAGAGUCAGCCAGUGCUAGAUCUUGAAAGUAGAGGAUUAUGUCUUGUGCCAACAUCUUUUUCUUCUUACAUCACUUUUGCGUUGCGCGUUCCCGCUGGACUAGACUCAUGUUAGCUGUUGGAUGUAUGGUUCCUGCGAUUGAUGUUGAGAUAUAUAUUAUUAAUCAUGAAAUAUAUAUUAUUAACCAUGAAUUUAGA